AUGCCUACCGCCGAGUCCGAUCAGUUCAAGGCCCAGAAGCCCGCCGUUGCUCCCACCUUCAACGGAGUCAACUUCGACGACACCAAAGCGUUCAAGGCGGCCGAGGAUGCCAUCAUCCGGGAGCAAUGGGUCGGCGCCAUGAUGACCCGUCUCGUCGGCGAGGAGUUGGGCAAGUGCUACGUGCGCGAGGGUGUCAACCACCUGGAAAACUGCGGCCACCUCCGAGAGCGAUACCUGCAAUUGCUGAAGACGAACAAAAUCAAGGGCACCAAGUUCUUGCAGCAGAACUACGUGACCAAGCAGGAUGAGGAGAUGGACCUGCAGGCCAAGGUGCACACCAGCGACCAGGUUGCCAAGAUGAACCAGGCUAGGUUUGCUUCGUAA